UUUUCCUGUUCUUACACAGCAUCUAUGCUUGGAACAUAUGGCAGACACAUCUGUGAGACGCCCUUUGCUGCUGCAGUGCAUGGAUGGAUGGUGAGCUCCCCACACUGUGCCUCAGCAGGAUCAUGGGAGGUCAACUUGACCUUCUCAUAGGUGUGGUCUUCAUAGUCAGCCCCAUGCUGGGAAUGCCUCCCUGUUCUUCUGAUGGACGGAGAGCCUUAUUUCACUUCUGUAACCUUACCGAGAUCCCCUGGGUCCUCAAAACCACUGAAAGUCUCCUGCUCAGCUUCAACUCUAUCAGAACGGUCAAUGCCACAUCAUUCCCAUUCCUGGAGCAGCUCCAGCUGCUGGAGCUGGGGGCCCAGGAUACACCUUUGACCAUUGGCCAGGAGGCCUUCAAAAACCUGCCCAAUCUUAGGAUCUUGGACCUGGGCAAAAGCCAGAUUGAAGUCCUGGCUCUCGAUGCUUUUCAGGGAUUGUCUCAUCUCUUGGAACUGCGGCUGUUUUCCUGUGGGCUUUCCAAUGCUAUCUUAAGAGAUGGUUACUUCAGAAAUCUAACGUCGUUAGCUCGCUUAGACCUAUCUGGCAAUCAGAUUGACAGCCUUCAUCUCCAUCCUUCGUUUCGGGAGUUGGACUCCUUAAAAGCCAUAGAUUUCUCUUUCAAUCAGAUCUUCACUCUCUGUCAGGAUGAGCUCAAGCCCCUGCAUGGCAAAUCUCUCUCUUUCUUUGGCUUCAAAUCAACUAGCCUGUUCAGCAGAGUCUCUGUGGCUUGGGAGACGUGCCAGAGUCCAUUCAGAGGCAUGUGGCUAGAAACUCUAGAUCUUUCUGAAAAUGGCUGGACAGUGGCCACCACAGGGAACUUCAGCAACGCCAUCCAGGGAAGCCGUGUUUCCUCUUUGAUUCUCACGUACCAUAUAAUGGGGUCUGGCUUUGGCUUCCAGAACAUCAAAGACCCUGACCAGAGCACAUUUGCCGGUCUGGCCGGGAGUUCGGUGUUACACCUGGACCUUUCACACGGCUACAUCUUCUCCUUGAAUCCCCAAGUGUUUGAGACACUGAAGGAUUUGAAGUUUCUGAACCUUGCCUUCAACAAGAUAAACAAGAUCGCAGAUAACGCGUUUUAUGGACUUGGCAGCCUUCAGAUUCUCAAUAUAUCAUAUAAUAUUUUGGGAGAACUCUAUAAUUCCAACUUCUAUGGGCUUCCUAGAGUAGCCUACAUUGACCUCCAAAGGAACCACAUCGGGAUCAUUCAAUACCAAACAUUCAGAUUCCUGAAAAACUUACAAACCUUGGAUCUCCGUGACAAUGCUCUUAAAACUAUUCAUAGUAUUCCAAGCAUAGAGACUGUCCUCCUGGGCGGCAAUAAACUGGUCACUUUGCCACAAACCCGCUUUACAGCCAACUUCGUCGAGUUGUCUGAAAACAGGCUAGAAAGCCUGUCUGACCUGUACUUCCUCCUGCGAGUCCCCCAGCUCCAGUUUCUCAUCCUGAAUAAGAAUCGCCUUUCCUCCUGCAGGGCAGUUGACACCCCUUCAGAGAACCUGAGCUUGGAGCAACUUUUCCUCUCCGAAAACAUGCUGCAGCUUGCCUGGGAGAACGGCCUCUGUUGGGAUGUUUUUAAAGGCCUUUUCCACCUCCAAAUCCUUUAUCUGAAUAACAACUACCUUAACUUCCUCCCACCCAGCAUAUUCAGCGACUUGGUUGCAUUAAGGCUGCUCAGUCUUAGUGCUAACAGGCUGACCACUCUCUCUCCUGGCAGUUUACCUGCUAAUUUAGAGAUUCUUGAGAUAUCUAGAAAUCAGCUUUUCUCUCCGGAUCCUGGUUUGUUUUCUUCACUUCAUGCCUUGGACAUAACUCAUAAUGAGUUUGUCUGUGAAUGUAAACUUAGCACUUUUAUCAUCUGGCUCAACCAAACCAACGUGACCCUGCUCGGGUCUCCUGCAGACAUGUACUGCAUGUACCCUGACUCGCUGCUAUGGGCCCCCCUCUACAGCAUUUCCACCAAGGACUGUGAUGAAGAGGAAGCCUUGCUGUCCCUAAAGUUUUCCCUGUUCAUCAUGUGCACCGUCACUUUGACUCUGUUCCUCGUCAUCACCUUCAUAGUCAUAAAGUUCCGGGGGAUUUGUUUCCUGGGUUAUAAGGCCAUCCAGGAGCUGGUGUUCAAGGACAAGGUCAGGAGUUCGGAACCUGGUGAGUACAGAUAUGAUGCCUACUUUUGCUUCAGUAGCAAAGACUUUGAGUGGGCCCAGGAUGCUUUGCUCAAAUACCUGGAUGUUCAGUACAGUUCCCAAAACAGGCUCAGGCUGUGCUUUGAAGAAAGAGACUUCAUCCCGGGGGAAAACCACAUCUCCAACAUCCAGGCAGCCGUCUGGGGCAGCAGAAAGACAGUGUGUCUAGUGAGCAGACACUUCCUUAAGGAUGGCUGGUGCCUGGAAGCCUUCCGGUACGCCCAGAGCCGGUGUCUGUCUGACCUCAAGAGUGUCCUCAUUGUGGUGGUGGUGGGGUCCCUAUCCCAGUAUCAGCUGAUGAGACAUGAGGCUAUUAGAGGGUUUCUACAAAAGCAGCAGUACUUGAGGUGGCCUGAGGACCUCCAGGAUGUCAGCUGGUUUCUCAAUAAACUCUCUGGAUGCAUUCUAAAGGAAGAAAAAGUCAAGAAGGGAAACAGCCCCAUUCAGUUACGAACCAUAACAACAAUUUUCUAGCUGGAGGAGCACCUUGCAAGC